AUGCCGCCCGUUCCAGUUCAGAUCAUGUGGACCCCGGAUAUCAUUGCAACUGUGGUGUACAGAGUCACCAUGGUCUUCGUGGGUCUCAUUGCACCGAAUCGCCGAGCUGCUUGCUGUACGAACAUCGUUGAUGGAGGCAACUUUGGAAGAAAAUCCCGAUCCCACUCCCACAAAGUCAAUCGACUCGAACGAUAUCAUGCAAGCUGCUGUGCAGACGUUUGA